UCGACCAAACUCUCCGUCGGCGGUCGCGGGGCAGCAGAGUCGGCAGGGAGCGGCGAGACAACCACCCAGCCCAUGUCUUCUACCUCCGUCGAACCGCUCGUGAAGCUGGCCGAGCUCCCUGACCGCGGGCGCGCUCUCGUCGCCACCCGCCCCAUCAAGCCCGGCGAGAUCCUUCUCUCCGACGCCCCUCUCAUCCUCUACCCUGCCAGCGCCUCGGCCGCCGCCGCCGCCUGCUCCCGCUGCUUUCGAUCCCUCUCUUCCCCCUCUUCAGCCCCCAUCCGCUGCCCCUCCCACUGCUCGGCCUCCCCCGCCGCCUCCUCCUUCUGCUCCGCCCGCUGCCUCGCCUCCCACUCCCCGAAUCUCUGCCUCGCCCUCUCCCGCCUCCCAGCUUCCCUCGCCUCCGAACUCCUCUCCCCGGCCCUCUUCCUCCUCGGUGCCUAUGACCUAGCCGUCGCUUCCCCCUCCGACUUCCUUCGCCUCCUCUCCGUACAUGGCACCGCUGCCGCGGACGUCGACGCCCCCGCCCUGCACUCCCUUCUCUCCUCUGUCCUCCCUUCGCCUCCUUCCGGGUUCUCUCUUGAACUCACCGCCACGCUCCUCGCCAAGGACAAAGCAAACGCCUUUGGGCUGAUGGAGCCGUUCGACGGUGGGGAUAGGAGGGUGAGGGCGUACGGUAUCUACCCGAACGCCUCCUUUUUCAACCAUGACUGCCUGCCGAACGCUUGCAGGUUUGAUUACGUCGAUCACGGCGGGGAGAGGAACUCUGACAUCGUCGUGAGGGCGAUCCAUGACAUUCCUGAGGGCAGAGAAGUGUGCUUGAGCUAUUUCCCCGUGAAUUGGGGUUAUGCUGAGAGACAAAGGAGGCUCCUUGAGGAUUAUGGGUUCCGAUGCGAGUGUGAUAGAUGUGUGGUGGAAAAGGAUUGGUCGGAUGAUGAUGAUGUCAACGAUGAAAGAGGAGAGGAGGAGGAGGAAGGAAUGGAAGAGGAUGAAGGAGAUGAAGCAAUGGAGAAUAUGGAGGAGGCAGAUGAUGAGGAUGGGAAAUUCCCUCAUGCCUAUUUCUUUGUGAGGUAUGUUUGUGACAGAGACAACUGUGGAGGAACAUUGGCUCCUUUGCCACCAUCCCCUGAGGGUGUGCUUUCUAAUCUUAUGGAGUGCAAUGUCUGCGGUUGGUUGAAGACCGAGGACAACACUGAUCAAGAUGGAGGCGAGGGUAGCAGUGGUUUGAUGCUAGAUUGAGCAAACUGGGGUGCUGUUUAUUAGUCUCAUAGCCCCUUCAAGGUGCAAAGUAGAGUGUCCAAUACAUUCAAAAUUUUGCCUCAAGCCAGAGUAGGAGCUGUGAUAGCAUGACUGAAGAAAUUUUCCUAGGGUUCUGAAGGGGGCUACUCAGCAACCAUGUCCAGUUUUCAAUGGUGUGUAAGCUUUAUGAUCUUGAGCAUAUUAGGAAUAAUUUUAGGAAUGAAGUCCCAUCUUGUUUUGCUUGAUCUAAUUUAUUUCAGCAAACCAUCUUGUAUUGAAGUAGCUUUGCUACAAUUUCAACUAUCUUGAUUUUAAAAGCCAUUGCUCUUAGUAGCUGCAAAUAAUCAUCAUGAUUUUUCCAGAAAAGAGGCAUUAAAAUCCAGACUUAUUAA